GCAAGUGACUCCAGGCCUGAUCCCUGCAGGCCACCGUCCAUCGUUACCGGAACAAACAGAAGAAGAAGAAUCCACUUCCGCCGACGGAUGUACAGGGCUAAUGUGUACAACAGCUAGCGUUAGCUGGCUUCACCAUUACUCGCAUUGCUGAAAACAUUACAAGAUGCUACCCUUCUAAGAGGAAACGGACUAGAUAGACACACUCUAUUUCUACUUUCUGUGAGCCCGACAAGAACUCAAGAAAGCGGAGCGUUAGCAUUAACGAACACGCCACGCCAAGAUGGACGAAGCUGCUGCCUCGGCGACCAACCAGGACGGAGCUGAAAAUGACCCGCGCGAUGGAGACACAGCAUCAGAAAACAACGUUUUUCCGUCUGCUGAGGCCACCGCUGAUCGGGUUUUCUGCUGUCGUGAUUGUGGAGAGAGCUUCAGGGAGGAGGCAGCAUACUUGGAACAUCAACUUCAGCACCCACAACAAAGUGUCUGUUUAGUCAACCAUUUGGAUGGUUUACAUACUGCGAAAAAGGACCAUGAAACGGAUCAUUACUGCACUUGGUGUUCGCUGUCAUUUGUUAAACCAAGUGAAUUUCUCUCACACAUGGAGAAGAGCCACAGUCAGACCUCUCAAAAGGACUCCAGUAUUAAAGCGAAUCCCGGGAUAACCAAGCAACACACCUAUGAAUGUCCAGACUGUGGGAAAUGUUACGGCGUGAUCGGACACUUCCUCAACCAUCAGCGCUCUCACAGACAAGCCUCAAAAUCUGUUUUCCACGACCUUGAACAUUUGAAAAAGAAGUCCUUCCAGUGCGAGUCCUGCGGGCGGAAUUAUUCCCGCGCCUCCGCUCUUGAUGCCCACCGUCGCUGUCACGAGGAGAAAUUAGUUAAGUCCCGAAACAGGAGCUCGGGCGAUGCGUUCCACGCGGAGGAGUCGCAUGUUGAAGCCAAACCCAGUGACAACCAGACGGUUGAUACUCCUGAGAAAACUUUUAAGUGUUCAUGUGGGAAAGCUUUUGCGGCGCUGUUGCGCCUUAAAACACAUCAGCGCUUUAGCCGCAACAGUCGAUGCUCGCCGGAAGAAAUGAAAGACAAACCAAAGAAAAGCUGCAACGAGUUUUACUGCGGCGAGUGCAAAAAGGCUUUCAGCGGCCACAUUGCCCUCUUCAACCACCAGCGAUGGCAUUCUAAUCACGCGAACGAUUCUGCUAACAGGUUUCCGUGUGAGGAAUGUGGGAAAGUAUUUAUGACUCAAACGUUCUACUACAGGCAUCAGCGCACGGCGCACAGUGACGAGACCGCGGCCAAGUCCUUUCUUCAUCAGGUGUGUCAGCUGCAGAAGAAGGCAUUUGAAUGUGGCGAUUGCGGGCUGAAGUUCUCCAGGGCCUCAGCACUUCACUCCCAUCAGCUUCAUCACACAGACGUUUUCAGAGAAACGGAGAAGGAGGCUCCGACGCGCGCUCCUCUGCCAGCUCCGCAGGAAACCACGGAAAGCGACGCAAACGAGGCCGAGCCGGACACGGUGGAGUCAGAGAAUGUGCUCUCCACCGGUGUGGCUGAAGAAGAAGUAAAUGAUGAGGAUGUGGAGAGUUAUGACCCCGGCGACUUCAACGUACAGGUGAUCAGUGCGAGUGAAUCGGAGGACGAGCUCAUCCAAAACCCCAAUCCCGACCUCGAGCUGCUCUGUGAAUCCGAUCAGGAAGUAAGGGAUGACGGCGACGUUGAAGCUCCAAAACCAGAGAUGGAUUUGAAAAUUGUGGAAAUUGACUUUGAGCAAACCGGCGAGAAGCGUGCGGCCAGCGAAGCUGAGAAUAAAGCGCCCGCAGAAAGAUUUGAUUGUCCCGACUGUUACCGCUGGUUUUCUAGCCCUGCAUCGCUGCGCGUUCACAGAAUGUGGCAUGGCGUUCGUAAAAGAAAGCGGCAGACGCAAGGUCAGUCAGACGCCAACAGCUAUGCAGCACACUGCAGUCACAUUCAACAGCCUCAGAACACCAGUAAUGAUGAGGCCGAGGGCUCAGAGGAGAAGACUCUGUCGUGUAAUGAGUGCGGCCAAUGCUUCACACAGUUGUCUGCUUUAGUCUCUCAUCAGCUGCACCAUCCCAAAAGAGAACAGUUUCAGUGCCCGGAUUGCAUGAUGCCUUAUUCGCAUGCCGCUGGCUUGUUCAACCACAUGAGAACCUGCGCCGCGCAAAAGAAGGAGAACAUCUCUGUUGUUAAAGAAUACAAUCCAAAGAAAACCCUUCUCGGCCCCAAGAUUUAUCACUGUGAGCAGUGCGGGAAGGGCUUUUGGUCUCUCGGAGCUUACUCCCACCACAAGCAGAGUCCCACUCAGUGUACAGAUUUGAAGCCAAGAAAAGAGGUCACGAGCUCUGUGCACUCCGUCAAUGGACACCCCCGCUUCAAGGUCGCGUGUCCCGUGUGUGGUAGAAAGUUCCGACACAAGGGAAUCAUGGCGUUGCACAUGCGAAAACACGAGAACGGAAACCACACGUGCGAACUCUGCAACAGGUCAUUUCGUCUUUUCUCGAGCCUCUUGAGACACCAGGUCGUGCACAACGACCAGCUGCUCCCACCGCCUAUUAAGUCCUUCCAGCAUCAGGUGGAGCAAUUGAAAAAGAACACGUACAGCUGUCCCGACUGCGGGAAGCUGUUUUCCCGGGCCAAAGCACUCCAGUUCCACAUGAAGAGCCACGGGUACGAGACUGGACGCUCGCCAUCGUCGCUGGAGGAUCUGCAGUGUGCGACGUGCCUCGCACAUUUCAACAACAAGGUUUCUCUUCGGGCUCAUCAAAAACUUUGCAUUAAAAGAGACAGUCAAGCGGUUUCUCGCAAGACAGAACCCUCGGAAAAUGAUGCCUGUCGAACUUUGCCGAAAGAUAACGUGGAUGCUACUCUGGAAAGCCCCCAGCGUAUUGCAGUACGUGCUGAUGUUAAGAAGGAAAUGGACCACGUGGAGCUUGACAUGGAAAUCCCAACACAUGAAGGCGCCUUGAAGAACCCGCGUACGACCAAUUUGAAAUACAAAUGCAAAAAGUGUGACCGGAGCUUCUCUGUGGUCGGAGCUUUGAAUUUUCACAAAAGAGUUCAUGCCGAGGAUUACAAAUCCGUAGCAAAAGCAAAACUGGCUAUGCCCGCCAUGCUUAAAAAACACAAGCAGGAAGAGCCAAGCAAAGGAACAUUUCACUGCGCAGAAUGUGGCCGUCGAUUUAUGUCCAACUCUGCCCUCGGCUCCCACAAAAGAUGGCACAAAGAAAAGAAACUCUCGCGGCCCGCGGCUGAGGACUCUCUUUGCCACAAGGCGGAAGAAGGACCUUUUCAGUGCCCCAAAUGUGGCAAACAGUUUUUCAACCAUCGUGUUUUCCGACGUCACCAGAUAUUUAAUCCCCUCUGUCACACCAAAACGGCGCCACACACUGAUCCAAACGCCGCGAGCGAGUUUUCCUGCCCGGAAUGCUACGAAACAUUCGAGCAAGGUUCGCUUCUCGCUGCCCAUUGUGAAAAUGUGCACAGUCGCACUGCGGAUCAUCCAGGCCCGGGACCGGUUCACGUCAACCUGAUCGGGAGGGAGUCCACGGCAUCAACCCCUUUGAGGCCAAAAGCCCACCAGUGUCCCCUCUGCUCUAUGACCUUUGCUAAAGCAAGAGGUCUUCGCGCCCACAGGUGGCAGGCCCACGCCAAGAGGACCAAAGGCAAGAAGAGCAAGGGUCCGGCCGCCAUCAAAACAGAGUCCGUCGCCUCAGGAGGUGACGUCGUUCAGUCGCUGACGGGGAAAACUAGAGGAAAGAAGAAAAUCCGUCCAGACCCCCCGUUUGCUAAAUUCGUCACGUGCCUCGACUGUGGGAAGCAGUGCGGUUCCUCGGCCGUCCUCCUCGACCACAAAAAAGUGUGCCCGGAGACGAGGCACCAGUGCAAACGGGAGAUUCCAAAUCCUGAAACCGUGGCCGAGGUUUCCCCACCGUUCAGCCGCCUGUCGGAGCACACGGCCAAGUGCCUCUUCAAGUGCGACAAGUGCGGCAAAGCUUUCCAGACCGAGGAACAGCUGGAAGCCCACAGGACCAAGGCCAGGAGCCGGCCCUACUGUUGCGCCCUCUGCUGCCACGGCUUCUGGACCGAGAGCCAGCUGCAGCAACACCUGACCUGGCACGACGAGGUCCGCUAUCGUCUCCCCAACGAGGUGCGCCUGAGGCUCAGCGCCGCCAUGACCUCGGGGCCUUGGAAAGCCGACAACAGCAGGAUGUCGUGGGUACUCAGCUCAGACGGCCAGUCGCAGAGUAGCCACAAGUGCCAACACUGCGGCAAGGCCUUCCUCUCCCCGACUGCGUUGCAAAGGCACGAGACGCAGCACUGCAACAAUGACUCCUAUCACUGCUCCAUUUGCCCCCGGACCUUCAGUGAAAUACAGGACCUUAUCGACCAUCACCAGGAAUGUGUGGGCGAGGACAGGGGCCAGAGUGAUGCCCAUGCCUCUGCCUCCUCAGGAGAUCCCAAUGGCCUUACUUGCCUUGAAUGUGGAACUACUUUUUGUCAAGAGACCGAUUUGCACCAGCAUUAUAUUGAACAUACCCGUGGAGUGAAUUUAAUUAUACAACCUGGAAAGAGAUGAAGUGGACACAUCAGAUUGUGGAUUUUCGUUAUUUGUUUGGGGGGGGCUCUUGUUGUUGUUGUUUUUUAACUACACAUUUCUGUGUUAGACAUGUGCUUAGGCUAAAUAGAAACAUGCUUUCCCUCUUAGUUUCUGAAUUGUUUUGAUUCUUUUUUUAAAAUCUUUUUUUCUUUUUAAAAAGGCUAAAAAAGUGCAGCAGAGCAGUUUACUUUCCUCUACACUGGAUUAGUAAAAGUAAAAAUGUUUUAAGAAUUACCCCUUUCCAUAAACUAGUAAUGAAAUGUCAAAAAUGAGCCACUGUUUGUUCCCGUUUUCAAUAGAGGUGUCAAGAGUUAAUCUCAUUGUGGAUUACUGGCCCGAUUUAUGCUAAUUCAUAUUUGGAUGUAUCAGAGUAUUUGUACAUGUACACGUUUGUCCUCGGGAUUAAGAGCUGAGACACUUAUUUGAAAGUUUAUGGAGCAUUGAAAGAUUCUGCACAACUAAAUAAUAUGUACUAAUUUGAAUUGUGCCAUUUUGAAAGCCGACGGUUUCGCAGAGAAAUACUAAAUAUAUAAAAAUGUGGACUGCUUAUGUGAACUGUUAAAGAAAAUCUGCUUGAAAUAACAGCCAUGUUCUACCUAAAAAAACAAAUAAAACAUUUGGACACACUUUCUCAUUGAAGUGAUUGAGAAAAUGUGUCCAAACGACUGGUAUUAUAUUUUACAAUACAUUUUGCAUUGAUGUAUAAGCUACUGUAUUCUUUCCUUUUCAGUGUUCUAUUUCUAAAUUGUGGAAAAGCUAUUUUUUUUUUACUGCAACUAAAAAAGUACUUUUGUUCGUAUAGGAUAGUCGUUAGUUUACUGUUCCACUUAUGGAUUGGGGAAAAGGGUAUUUACAGUAUGUAGUAAGUAUUGUACUUUUAUGUUCAUUUCUUUUCCCCGAGAUGACCAAUGUACCGUUUGACUACUUGUUUAACUUGCUGUUUUCUAAAACAAAGGAGAAUUAAAGUGCUCUAAAAAUGUAAACUGCA